AUGUUAGCCUCACCGUCAGCCAGCUUCGGCUGUCCGGCGGGCAAUGAACAACCGAUUGAGAACUACCCAGUACAGACGGGCAGUGACUUUAAAGCUGCAUGGCGAGGUCAUUUGUUCCACGAGUCACGGCCCGACUCUCGGAACAAAGUGAUCGUCUCGACCGGCAGCGUCAAUCCCCCGUGA